AUGUCUCUCCCAAUCGACUGCCAAGUCAACGACCUCAUCGAAUCCCUCCAGAAACAUAACCGCCAACCAAAAACCAAAGCGUCCCAAAGUCUUUGGCUCGACGCACUCCUCUCCGCUAUCCACUUCCACAUGAUGAAGAGACACAAAUCUCUAGACCGCUCUGCGUCGUACAUGGGUUUCUGUGGUAGUUCUGCUAGGGCUCGCGCUCAUGGACAUCGGGAUGGUUGUUUCUGGUAUGGAAUGCAGGGCGCGAGUAUCGGUUUCUUGGCUGUUAUGCGUCCGUCGGAGUUCUUGGGUUCUGAUGCACUGGUCUCUGAGAUGAUUGCGUUUACGAUCAGGCUUCAAAUCGAGCAGAGACUUCGGAAGAAAGAGGUCCGCGUUGUUUAUGCACUUGCAACGGACGGUGAUCUCUUCAAGUGCACCCGCAAGACAAAGGAUAGCCAGAUGUCAUUUUCCUGCUCAAGUCGGUCUUUGAUGAUGCUUUGGUUCCACCGGGGAGCCCGCGCGGCGCCCCCUACUGAAGAGCAAGAGAUCACCGGGCCUCAGCCACAGGCAAAAGGAAACCACCCAAGUACUUAUGAACUAGACACUGACAAAAUUCAUGAAGAGGAAGACUUUCGCAAAGAGCACGAACGUCUACGCGAACUGGCUAAACGCGUGAGCUUGAAUGUGUACAAGAAUGUGCUACAGCAACUGCCGGACCUGCUCAACCGCGAGGUGGAAGAAGACAUUCGCAAGAUAGUACAGGCGGUGAUAACCGAAGUGACAGAGAGACAAUCCAAAAUGAUGGCAGAAGCCAAUUGGGAAAGGAACACUUCUGAUUGUGAGAAGGGAUUGUUGGGGAACGUGGACGUUGAGCUAGACAAAGUGCUGCAGAUGAUUGAGAUCGAGGACUACAACGACAACAAAAAAGCACUCAAGAAUGCAACUCGCAAGGCAGUUCUGGAGGAAAUCAAACCAAUCUUCGAGGAGGUAUUCGAGGAUUUACGUAAGAAGAAGUUGGAGAAGUUGUUCCAGUGA